CAUUUGUUUGAGUUCAUUUCUCCCCUAAUGCAUCAUGGCUUAGUUGCUCUUGUAUUCAAAAUUUGUUUUCUCAAAUUGACGUGUUGAGACCAUAGACACAUGCUCUCCCAGCUUCACAGACGCAUGAAGCUGGCCUGCUGCCUCCAGCGGGCCCUGCUCAGUGCCACUCGAGUGCCACCCCUACCUGCCUGGCACUCUCGGGCCUCCUCACACUCCAGUGAUGGCAACAACAAGAAUAUCUCCCACCUCUUCAUGCCUGUCAAUGUUGAGGUGAACAAAGAGGACGUGAAUGUGGGUGAAGAGAUUGCAGGUCCCCUUGUGAAGGCCGAGGUACUCCGUGUCCUGAACGCCUUCUACACCGACACCCAGAUGAGGGAGGUCGCUCUGGAACACGGGCUGGAUGAGUACCUGUACCAGCAGGCGUUCAUCAGCUUCCGGAAGCACUGCGUAGACUCGUCUAGUCUGCCUACAGACCUCCACAUUCUGCUCAGUGACAUCACCCAGGGCGCUGGACACGUUCACGACCUGUUCCCCAGCUUCCUGCGGCACGCCCGUCAGGUGUUCCCCCACCUCCUCUGCAUGGGCGAACUCUGCAAGAUAUCUGACCUCACCACUCCUGUUAAUUGGUACCCCGAGGCUCGCGCGAUGAACCGCAAGCUGAUAUUCCACGCGGGCCCCACGAACAGCGGCAAGACCUACCACGCCAUGGAGGCCUUCCUCCAGGCCGAAUCUGGGGUCUACUGCGGGCCCCUCAAGCUGCUCGCUGCCGAGGUCUUCAGUAGGAGUAACGAGAAGGGGACGCCCUGUGACCUGGUGACGGGGGAGGAGCGGCGCUACAGCAGCCCUGACCUCACGCCCUCCCCACACACAGCCUGCACCGUAGAGAUGGUCUCCCUACAGCACAAGUACGACGUAGCGAUCAUAGACGAGGUGCAGCUGCUCCGGGACCCCCUACGCGGCUGGGCCUGGACGCGCGCCCUGCUGGGGGUGUGUGCGCGGGAGGUGCACGUGUGUGGCGAGGAGGGCGCCGUGCACCUGGUGGAGGACCUCGCCCUAUGUACGGGGGAGCAGGUCGAGGUGCGACGCUACAAGCGCCUCACGCCCCUGACGACGGAGGACGCCGCCCUAUGCACGUUCAGCGCCCUCAUGCCCGGCGACUGCGUCGUCUGCUUCAGCAAAAAGGACGUCCACUACGUGAGUCGUGCCGUCGAGAAGCUGGGGCAUCAGGUCGCCGUCAUAUAUGGAGGCCUCCCUCCGGGCACUAAGCUUGCCAUGGCGCAGAAGUUCAACGACCCAUCGAACCCCUGCAAGAUUCUGGUGGCUACUGACGCUAUAGGCAUGGGGCUGAACCUGAGCAUCAGGAGGGUCGUGUUCUACUCGCUCAUCAAGCCGUUCAUCAACGCUAAGGGCGAGAAGGAGAUGGAAACUUUGUCGGUGUCCCAGGCCCUGCAGAUCGCGGGACGUGCGGGACGAUAUGGCACGCAGUGGGACCAUGGCUUCGUGACCUGCAUGAAGCCUGAGGACCUGCCGACCCUGCGACGCCUCCUGAGCAGCCGACCUGAGCCUCUGAGACAAGCGGGACUACAUCCCACGGCCGAGCAGAUCGAACUCUUCGCCUACCUCAUGCCUCACUACACCCUCUCCAACCUCAUAGACAUAUUCGUGAACGUGUGCACCGUGGACGAGUCUCUGUAUUUCGUGUGUGCGAUGGAAGACUUCAAGUUCCUGGCCGACCUCAUCCAGCACAUCAGCAUGCCCCUGCGUGCCCGCUACCUCUUCUGCUGCGCCCCCAUCAGCAGGAAGAUGCCCUUCGUUUGCGCCAUGUUCCUCAAGUUCGCACGGCAGUACGCGCAAGCAGAGCCCGCGAGUCUGGCGUGGCUGUGUCAGCAAGUCAAGUGGCCCUUCGCCGUCCCUCAGACCAUCCUGGACCUCGUCCGCCUCGAGGAGGUCUUCGACGUGUUCGACCUCUACCUCUGGCUGGGGUACCGGUUCCCUGAGACGUUCCCUGAGAUGGAGUCGGUGAAGGUGAUCCAGACGGAGCUGGACGGCCUCAUCGAGCAGAGCGUGGCGAGCCUCACGACGCUGCUACGCAACAGCGGCCCCGGCACCACCGCCCACCUCGACACCGAGGACGCCUUGACCAUCCUCAGGCGCAAGGAGCGGGAGGCGCGGGGACUGAGGGACUCUGUGGUGGUGCAGCUCGACGAAGCAGACCCGACGUACGAGGAGGAAGACCCUCACCCGCAGCAGCCCAGCGGAGGUCGAGGGCGCCUGACGCAGCGGCUGCUGUCACAAGGGCUUCUGUCCCCCGCCAUGCUGGCGCAGCUGCAGCGCGAGUGGCGCUCUGCCGCUCCUGUAGCGCCCCCACAGGUAACGUUACUGCGCUCCUGUAGCGCCCCCACAGGUAGCGUUACUGCCGCUCCUGUAGCGCCCCCACAGGUAGCGUUACUGCCGCUCCUGUAGCGCCCCCACAGGUAGCGUU